GAGACGGCCCCACAGGGCGGGAUGCGCUUUGUCGCGGCAGGCAAGCACAGCUUCAAGGUCCCGAGCUCACCUCCAUCUUCCAACCUCCGAGAUCUUACAGUCAAUCUACCUCGGGGCUUUAAUAUUCGUGAUAAAGGGAAUUUAGUUAAUCAAUGUUACUACGUUUCUCAACUUCCCCCAGAAACCGGUCCAUAUCACCGCUACCAUGAGCACACCCGACCUUGACAAAGAGAAAGAGGCAUCGCCGCCCUUCCUGUUGAAGCUCUUCUAUCGCACAGGCGCGUUCCAUAGGCCAGAUGAAUUCAACACACCCUCACUCCCACCCCACCUGCCCAUCCACACCUGGAGCACCUGCAGCCUCGCCGAGCUCUCGGAGCACAUGCUCGACGCCUCGCCCGCGGUGCUCCCGGACCCGGCCAUCGGCACGCGGCUCUCCUUCUGCCUCAUCUACGCCGACACGCGCGCGCGCAUGGACAUGCCGCCGCGGUACGUGUCCAAGCCCCUGGGCUCGGUGGUGCUCGGGCGGGGCGGACCGGGCGCGGGGCCGGACGAGGGCGUGGCCGACGGCGAGCCCGACGACGGCGCCCUGACGCUGGCCGACGCGCGCUUCAUCACGGGCGACUUCAUCUGCUGCGCCAUCCUGCCGCCGGACGAGCUUACCGGUGACGUCGCGCCCGCGAGCGCCGCCAAGAUGGGCCGUGGGGCGGGGGUGGGUGAGGCUAGGGGUGGUCAUCUGGGUGCGCCGCUGCCGUUCUCAGGGCCGAGGCAGAGGGAUUACGCUGCGCCGGGGGGAUUUCGUGGGAGAGGCGCCUGGGGUGGCGGUUCACGGGGUGGUUAUGGGGGUGGUGGGAGGUUUCGUGAGCGGGACGAGCCGUUUGGGAGGGGAGGGGUUCGGAUGCCGGAAGGAGAGUGGCGGAGAGGGGAUCGGUUGCCGGAUGACCCUCCUGAUAAUGGACGGUGGGGAAGAUGAGAUCUCGAGGGUUAAGGGGCAAAACGCAAUGAGGAAACGAUCGGUUGGGGGGAUGCUGCGGCAAUCGACGGCUGGCCAUCGCACUUGCCUGAUCAGUUGUAUUUGUAUUCGCAGUCUUUCUGAAGUUGGUCUUUGGAGUUUGAGCUAACGGACAGGCGUUUAAUGAAUACCAUAAAACCACGUUUACUGGCACUCCCGG